GUAUUAAUUGCUACUUGACUCCCGCCACAGUCUAUCAAGUAUUCCCAUCCCGAAAAUCCAAACUAACAGUGUCCCGGGCUCACAGGAAUUCGUCCCAGCAGGCGUAGCUCAGCUGAACCCGAUGUAGACUCGGCAGAGAACAACGAUCAAGCGCGUGGUUAGGGUCGGGAUGAUAUAGAAAUAUAAAAAAUACGAUGUAUCUUGCAUCAUGUUUCGACUCCACUCUACGUGUCUUAAAGACUCAAACCAUUCUCCCUCAACCAUGUCUUCAAAUAUCCUCAAUUUGCCGGUAGAGCUGUGUUGUCAAAUCUUUACUCAUCUCGAUUGUUUUACCUUAGCGCGCUGCAGACAGGUAUGCAAGAAAACGAAUGCGGUUAUUGCAGAGUCUAGUGCUCUACAGUACACACUAGAGCUCGCGAUCACUGGAAAUGAGGACGGAAAGCUUUCCGACCUUCCUGUGGCAGAAAAGCUGAGUGCAUUGAGAAAACAUCAGAGAGCAUGGGACAGAUUGAAGUGGAACCGCGAACUGCGCCACGCAAUGGCUGGUGGUGGACUUUGGGAGCUUUUUGGGAACGUAUUGGCACAGCAGGACCUCAUGGGUGGCUUGAUAUUUCGUCAAUUGCCGUCCCAGUAUCGUCGAAUUGAAGACAAAGAAUGGAGAGUCAAGCCUGACCCACAACUCAAGGUUCGCGAUUUCGGUAUCGAUCCAUCUCAAGAUCUACUCGUGCUGGUGGAGGCGCCGCGUUGGUGGGGACAAAAUCCCGAUCAUUGUUAUCGAAUCCAUCUAAGAACGAUGUCAUCGUGCACUAGGCACCCUCAGGCAAAUGGUGAUGUACUGGUGCACAAGCAGGAAUCUCCCGAUCCACAUCUGUCAUAUUCUAUUCAAGUCUCUGGAGAACACCUCGGUAUUCUAUUUCAUAGUGUGGAGGCGGGUGUAAAUGAAAUCAUCGUGUGGAAUUGGCGCAGUGGACAUAUAAAGACGUACCUCACCGGCGACGAGAUACGAUCAUUCAGCUUCUUAUCUGAACGUCACAUAGUUGUGGCCAUAGUUUCUCUAUCUCCAGCCAGCGAUGACUUCAAUGCCAGUUUGUUGGUAGUGGACUUCGAAUUGCAAUCUGGUGGCAAGAAAGCAUACCAUGCGGCCUUACAUACACGCUCUCUGUCACUUCCAAGGCUCUCUAGGUCCGCGCUACCCAUUCGCUUUGCUAUUAGGUGUGAUCCCUCGCCGUCUUGGACCCCGGGUCCUGAAUUGCAUGUACCGUUUCAUCUUGCUCAUUCAAACCGGGUUUAUGCCGUUUCACUUCAAGUACAAACGGAUGAUAUCAGCGAUGAAGACGAAGGGGAAGACACGCAUCUUCUCGUUCUCUUUGUUCCGCAAAGUACACUUUUGGCCUAUACAGACGUUCUAGGCAAAGAACAAGAGCAACACGAAGUAGAUUGGGAAACCUGGGGCCCGACGGGAACACGAUUCAUGGAAUUUCCACUUACGCAAACGAACUUCACGGUGUGGGAAUGCUACUCGUAUGGGUCACGGUAUGUUGUAAAGGAAUGCAGCAGUCGGACAAACGGCACGUGUACGGUGCUGUUGUAUGACUUUAACAGACGUGCUAGGGUACACGAUACUCAAGCCCAGGACCCCUCCAACCUUCUGGUUCUUCCUCCUGAUGAAACUUUCCAUGUCACCACACCCACCGAAAUCAAGAAAAUCUUCGUCACCGAGGUUUCCACGUUCAUGCCCUAUCGCGUACACAUCGUUACAUUACCGGCAGCAAAUGCUUAUUGCGCGUUGAUGUGCAGCGAGGAUGCGCUGAUCGUGGUAGACGAGAAUCCAUUUUCAGUCAUCCAAGGGCGAAAGACAAUACCGACUUUUCACGUUUUGAAUUGUGCCAUUGGGUGUAGCUGCGGAGUAACUAGGCUGUGGACACGAAUGCUCGUUUCCCGCUCACGUUAUGAUUUUUGUAUUUACGACUUGUACACUAUGAGCUAUUAUGAGCUUUUUUUGCAAACCAAUAGCUAAAGCGGCG